AUGAAAAAAGAAAUAACAUUUAAUGUAUGCUAUGGAGAGGAGGAGGAGAAGAAAAACGUAGUGGGGUUACUCGUGGAAAAUAAUUUUGAUGAAGUUUACGAGCCCCUAACUAGCGAAAGUUUGAGGUUUUUUUUACCAUUAAAUGGCUUAUAUGUAAUAGAUUAUCAAUUACAUUUUUUUAAAUAUAAUGAUAUAAAAAAAAUAUAUAUUGUUGUAACACAUCAUGAAAAGGAAUUGCAAAGUUAUGUUGAGAAAUUUCAAAAAAGUAAAAGAAGAUAUAACGAUUUAGAUAUAGAAAUAAUUAAAAUGAACAAAAAGACAAAAAGCUUAGGAGAUGUUUUAAGAGAUUUUAAAAAAUGUAAAAACAUAUAUGAUGAUAUAUUAUUAUUACUUUCUGAUACUAUACCUAUAGCAAAUAUAAAAGAAAUAGUUAAAGCUCAUUUUAUAAAUAAAGAAAAAUGUAAAAGUCAAAUUAUGACGCUUUUACUAACUCAUGACACAAAUGAUAAUAUGAAAAACCAAGAUGAAGAAUUUGUAAUUGCUUAUGAUAAUUUUACACUUAAAAUGUUGUUAUUUGAAUAUAUAAAAAAUAAAAAUUAUAUAAGCAUAACAAAUGAGAUAUUUGAUCAUGCAAAUAGUAAUAGUAAAAAUACAAAAUCAAAGAAAAAAGAUAAUAAAUCACCUCCUCAUGUAACCAAUAAAAAAGAAGCAGCUGUAGGAGAACGCUCAAUUUUUUCUACCCUUAGUUCCUCAGUCAGUUCUAUUAUUAUAUCUUGUGAUGUCCUUAUCCCCAAUAUAUAUAUUAUAACCCCUGAAGUUUUAAAACUAUUUGAGGAAAAUUUUGAUUAUCAAUGUAUUCGUAAAGAUUUAAUCUAUAAUAUAUUAAAACAAGAAAUAAAAAUCGAAGAAAUAUAUGUACAUGAAUUAAAUGAUGAUAAUAAUUAUACAGAAUGCAAUCAAAUGAUUGUUACUUUAUUUGAUUUUCGAACUUAUUACAAUUUUUAUAAAACAUUAAUAGAAAAAAAUAUUCAUCCAUUUUUAUCUAAAGCACAUCAUCUUUUGCCUGAUAUUCCUCAAUUGAUUUAUACCGAGCCAGGAUUUUAUAGAUCUAAAAAUUCAUUAUUUACUGAUGAUUGUAAAAUCUUUAAAUCAAGUUCUAUUGAAAAUUUUUCAGAAAUCAUGAAUGAUACAACUAUUGAAAGUUCUACUAUAUGUAAAAAUUGUAAAGUUCAUAAAAAUGUUACUAUUGUAAAUAGCAUUAUUGGAAAAAAUACUAUUAUAAAAAGUAACGUAGUUAUAUUAAAUUCUUUUAUUAGCGAAAAUGUAAUCAUUAAUGAAAAUGUGUUUAUUGAUGAGGGUUGUAUCAUUGGAAGAAAUAUGAAUAUACCAGAGGGAUUAAGACUUAAGAAAUACACCAGACUUAGCAAUUACAAAUAUGAAAUGACUAAAGCGAGACUUUCCGAAGCAAGCAAGCACGAGCUCGAGGAUGCGAAAAGGAACGAAACGAAGGACGAAGCAAAGGAAGAGAUACAAGAAGAAUCAAAGGAAGAGAUACAAGAAGAAGUAAAUGAAGAGAUAAUAGAAGAAGCAAAGGAAGAGAUACAAGAAGAAAUAAAAGAUGAGGUUGGAGAAGAAGCAAAGGGCGAAAUAAAAGAAGAGGUAAAAGAUGAAAUAACAGAUGAAGCUAAGGAAGAGGUAAAAGAUGAAAUAACAGAUGAAGCUAAGGAAGAGGUAACAGAAGAAAUAAAAGAAGAAACUGAAAAAGAGGUAAAAGAUGAAAUACCAGAUGAAGCUAAGGAAGAGGUAAAAGAUGAGAUAACAGGUGAAGCUAAGGAAGAGGUAAAAGAUGAGAUAACAGGUGAAUCUAAGGAAGAGGUAAAAGAUGAGAUAACAGGUGAAGCUAAGGAAGAGGUAAAAGAUGAGAUAACAGGUGAAGCUAAGGAAGAGGUAAAAGAUGAGGUUGAAGAGGAAAAGAUUGAAGAAAGCAAGGUUGAUAGUGUGAAGGAGAAAUAUGAAGAGGUGAGGAUUGAAGAAAUGAAGACUGAUGUCGAGGAGGAAAAGAAGGGAGAUGAAGAGGAAUUCAACAUAGAAAACUACAUAGUUAAAACAAAAUAUUCUGACGAAAAAUUAAGAUCAUUUUUUUUCUAUGUUCAUAAUUCUGAUGAUGAUAAAAAGUUAAAAUCAUUGAGUUCGUUAGAAUAUGACUCAGAAGAAGAAAUUGAAGAUAGCUCAGAUUAUUCUGGGGAUAAGGAAUAUAAUACAUUAUAUUUUAGUGAUGAAAAUGACAAUGAAUCUGAAACACAUGAUAAUAAUAAUUUUGGAACUGAAUAUAAUAAUUCUAAUGAAACAUGUGUAGAAAGUGAAAAAGCCACUUUUGAUAAUGAAAUAUCAUUAUUAUGUAAAGAAGCUUUUGAAAAACCUCAAUUUAUGAAUCAUAAAAUAUUAGAAAUGAAAAGUUUUCGUCUAUCACAGAAUUGUACAGAUUUAGAUGUAAUUAUAUCUUUUUUUCCAAUUUUUUGGCAAUUUAUAAAUAAUUUAGAGUUUGAAAAAGAUACAUGGAUUGAUAAAUUUGACGAUACUAAAUUAGACUUACUUUUUUCUUCAUUUUUAAUAGAUGAACCAAUAUAUUAUGAAACCAUUUAUGAUUUAAUUCUUGAGUUUUCAAAGAAAACAUAUUUAGAUAAUAAUGUCAAAAACAACAUACAUGGUCCCACCCGACUUUGUAACGCAUUUGAGUACAUAUACCAUUCAGAUAUUUUUGAGUUUAACCACUUUAAUAAGUGGAUUAAUAAUCGAGGAAAUGAUGAUUAUUUGAUAGACAACAAACGACUAAAAGCUUUCGCUGAAUGGGUUUCAGGGGAAUAG